AUUUCACAGAGAUAUCCAAUUCUGCUUGAAAUCGGUGCUCACAUUUUCUUCUUGAAGACAGAAUGACUUGAACAAAGAAACUUCUUAACUUUUGUCUCCAUUAUCAGCGAUUCAAAUGACAUAACCGCCGUCGGGCUCACUCGUUUUUGUUUUUCUUUUCUUUUUUCAAAGCAGUGCUGAACGAAAAUGGACACGUUUCGCCGUGUUGUGUUAUUCGCAAUUCCACGUGCUUGAUCUAACGAAAGACAAAACAUUUAUUGAAGCAAGCAUUAUGACGGAUGGAUUAAAGAUGCCAAUUUGUGAUUCGGCCUUUUGGGAUUGGGAUGCGUUUUGGAAUGCUGAUGUCCCAGGCCUCACGAGCUGUUUUCGCCAUUCCAUUUUGGUGCUGCUUCCCUGUACUUUUCUAUGGAUAGCCACCAUUUUCAAUUUUUGGCGGGAAAGAACAAGGAAACCGGACACUCUUCGUCCCAAGUCUGGUCCGAGUCCGUGGACAUUGUUAACGAUAGCGAAGCUGUUUCUGAGCACAUCACUCAUCCUAUGCAGCUUAUCCGAGGCGAUUUAUCUUGUAUACCAAGACAGUCUUUCUCUGCGAUACAUAACAAAAAUCUACUACGUGUCGACUGGAUUUCGCGUAUUCACAUUUGCCCUUGCUCUUUGUCUCCAAUUCAAGCAACAGAAAGAUGGAGAGCUUAAUUCCUUUACCUUGUCAUUGUUUUGGAUACUGUUUACAGUUUGUAAUUUUUUCACUUCACCAUUCUUUGAUAUUUUUAGGGUAGAUUUAGGAGACAUAAAUGAUUCAUUUACUUUUAUCUUUGGCGUCGUCACUUUCAUGUUAUUAACAGUGGAGGCUGUUCUCUCCCUGUUCACCGACCCUCAAUACAGCAUUUUCUGGGAUGCAGAAAAAGAUGAAUUCCUCAUGGAACAUCAGCCUUUAUUAUCAAGAUUGUUUUUCUCCUGGUUAAAUAGGUUAAUAUGGUAUGGCUAUCGGAACCUCUUUGAUACAGAUAAACUGGAUGUUUUAGGACCGAAAAUGAGAGCAACGUAUGUUCAUCAGCGUUUGCAGAAGCAUUGGAUUAAAGAAGAGAAGAGAUAUAAAUGUUUGCAAGACGAUAAAGCUGUCCCGACGAGGAUUUUCUGCAAUCGUGGACCUUCCCUCCUUUUAGCCUUAGCUAAAGCCUUAUGGCCAUGGCUGUUGGUUGCAGCUGUACUGGAAUUUUUGUACAAUUUUAUUUCAUUGAUUCCACCUAUAUUACUGGACUAUAUUAUAACAUUUGUUGGAAAUGAUGAAGCUACGUGGCAUGGAUACGUGUACGCUUUCUUGUUGUUCUUCACGGCUUGCUUCACCACUCUGUCAUCAGUCCACAACCAGCAUUUCCUGAUAACUGCAUCUGUCAUUCCACGAACAGGACUCAAUACGGCAAUUUACCACAAGGUUCUGAAGCUCAGCAACAGUUCCAGGCGCAAUUACACCGUUGGCGAGUUGUGCAACUUGGUUGGCGUUGAUUCUCAAAGAAUUUUUGAGCAGAUGUGGACAGUGAAUUUGGUGUGGAGCUGCCCCAUGCGCAUCAUUCUUGCAAUGGCCCUUCUGUGGCAGUAUCUGGGAGUAGCCAGCCUUGCUGGGGUCUUUGUCAUGCUUUUCAUCAUGCCGAUAACUACUAAACUGGCCUCCACCUCCCACAAGCUUCAGAAGAAACAAAUGGGUUGGAAAGAUUCAAGAUUAAGACAAAUGGGGGAAAUACUGAGCGGUAUAAAGGUUUUAAAGCUGUUUGCGUGGGAGAACGCAUUCAUGAAAAGUAUCGGAUCCAUCAGAGAGAAGGAAGCCGUGACACUCAAGAAGCUUGCUUUUGUGAACGGAACGAUCACUUUUCUUUGGAUAUGUGCUCCGUUUCUGAUAGCCAUCAGUAGUUUCAUGACUUUUGUUCUGAUUGAUGAAAAGAAUGUUCUGGAUCCCAGCAUUGCCUUUGUUUCUCUCACCCUUUUCAAUACCCUCCGAUCCAAUAUGGCCUUCAUACCGCAGCUCGUAGCUGAAAUUGCACAGAGCCGCGUCUCUUUCAAAAGAGUCAUAGACUUUCUGUUGAGUGAAGAAUUAAAUGGCAGAGCACCAGAUAAUGACACAACAGACAACAAUGCAAUAGAAAUCGACGGGGGAACUUUCUGUUGGACAAAAGAAGAUCUUCCAUUUCUCCGUGAUAUAUCUCUGUCAGUUAAGCAUGGAAGUUUGGUAGCCAUUGUGGGGCCUGUAGGUGCUGGAAAGAGCGCCCUGUUCUCUGCCAUUCUUGGAGAAAUGUACGCCGCAGAAGGAACCGUGCGGAUAAUGAAGGGUGGUCGCUUGGCGUAUGUUUCUCAGCAAGCCUGGAUUCAGAAUGCCACUCUCCGCCAAAAUAUCCUCUUUGUAAAACCGAUGGAAAGAGCGCAGUAUGAUUUGACUCUCAGCAGAUGUUGUUUGAAGCCAGAUCUCAAGAUCCUGCCAGGAGGAGAUCUCACUGAGAUUGGCGAAAAGGGCGUUAAUUUAAGCGGUGGCCAGAAGCAGCGAGUCAGUUUAGCCAGGGCUGUGUACCAGGAUGCCGACAUUUACUUCCUGGACGAUCCCCUCAGUGCAGUGGAUUCGCACGUCGGAGCUCACAUUUUUAAGCACGUUAUUGGACCCAACGGAGCCUUGCGACGAAAGACCAGAAUUCUCGCCACUCAUGACAUUUCAGUUUUACAAGAUGUUGAUAAAAUCUACGUGAUGUCAGAGGGCAAAAUCUUGGAGUCCGGCAGCUACAGGGAUUUGUUGAGCCAGAAAGGAGAAUUUGCAAGGUUCAUCGAAGAAAAUCGGAAAAAACAGAAUGAAGAAGAAUAUGACGGAGAGAGUUCUUCAGAAGCAAAGGAGAGCGAAGACAAAGCAACGAAGCGAAUGUCUGCUGGAGACCUGAAAGCGCAGAUACAGAGGAUGGAGUCACGCCUGUCCAAGUCUCUCUCCCGGACUAUAUCCAGGACAGUCUCUGUGGAAGAGAGCGAAAAGAAGAAAGCUCAAUUCAUUGAAACCGAAAAGAUGGAAACUGGACGAGUUAAAGCUAGCAUAUUUUGGACAUACUUUCGAUAUGCAACACUGCAUCUUACAUUCCUUUUCAUGCUGGGUUUUGCAGCCUUCAAGUGCUUCGAAAUCGGCUCCAAUGUUUGGUUGAGUCAGUGGAGCAGUGACGAGCCUUUACCUGAUGGCUCACAGAACGUACCGCUUCGAAAUAUGAGAAUGGGAAUCUACGGAUUGUUGGGAUUCGGCCAAGGUUUAUCGACUCUCAUUGCAACUAUUAUCAUGGCCAUUGCUUCGACCCGCGCCUCCAUUCGUUUCCACAAAACAAUGCUUUGGAGUGUCCUCAGAUCUCCGAUGUCGUUUUUCGAUACCACGCCACUAGGAAGAAUAUUAAACAGGUUUGGAAAAGACAUCAAUACAGUUGACGUAGGCAUACCAACAAGACUUCAAAGUGUCGUUACUAUGAUCAUUGCCAUCAUUGGUUCAUUUGUUGUAAUUAUAACAACCCACCCUAUUUUCAUAGCCAUCAUGAUACCACUUUGCGUUAUUUAUGUUUUCAUUCAAAUAUUCUACAUGGCAACAUCUCGUCAAGUCCGACGACUGCAAUCCAUCUCGCUGUCCCCCGUGCUGAGCUUCUUCUCCGAAACAGUGCAGGGAGCGAGCACGAUUCGGGCUUUCGGAUCCCAAUAUGAAUUCAUCCAGAGGCAGAACAAGCACAUUGACACUAACUGCCGAACGUUUUUCACUUCCACCACACUAAACAGGUGGCUUGGAAUUCGUCUGCAAUUCUUAGGCAACACUGUCGUGUUUAUUACAGCUUUACUUUCUGUGAUCCAAAGAAGAACCUUUAGUCCAGCGAUAGUUGGCCUAACUCUAUCCUAUGCAUUAAGUGUGACGGAAAAUUUGGCGAACUUUGUAAGAAUUUGGACUAUGGUGGAAAAUCAGAUGGUUUCAGUUGAAAGAAUUCACGAAUAUUCUCACCUGACUCCAGAGGCAUCAUGGGAAACGAAAUCCAUUCGUUUCGAUCUGAGCAAGUGGCCAUCUAAAGGAGCAAUUACAUUUCGAAAUUACAAGAUGAGGUACAGGACAGGAAUGGAACUUGUGCUCCAAGGUAUUAAUGUGGACAUCCUUCCAGGCCAAAAGGUUGGAGUAGUUGGCAGAACUGGAGCAGGCAAAAGUUCGUUAGCUCUUGCACUUUUCCGUAUCGUAGAGCCAACCGAAGGCACCAUUUUUAUAGAUGGCGUCGACACUACAGUGCUUGGACUUCAUGAUUUGCGCUCAAAAAUUACGAUAAUUCCUCAAGAUCCUGUGGUGUUCAGUGGAACUUUAAGGAUGAAUCUCGAUCCUCUGGAAGAGAAUUCGGAUGAAGAUUUGUGGAGGGCAAUCGAACAAUCGCAUUUAAAAAGUUUUGUUCUUUCUUUAGAGGCUGGGUUGGAUUAUCAAGUAUCUGAAGGAGGAGAAAAUUUGAGUGUUGGUCAAAGACAGCAGCUGUGUCUGGCAAGAGCUCUGCUGAAAAAGACGAGAAUUCUCGUCUUGGACGAAGCAACGGCUGCAGUGGAUUUGGAGACGGAUAAGAUGAUUCAAAACACAAUAAGGCAAGAGUUUUGGGACUGUACAGUUAUCACCAUUGCGCACAGGCUGUACACGGUUUUAGAUUAUGACAGAAUAUUAGUAAUGGAAAAUGGAAACAUUGUGGAAGACGGAAAGCCAGAUGAUCUGCUGGAAAAACCAGAUUCCCUCUUCUGUCAGUUAGCAACUUCUGCUGGUCUUCUGUAACAUUAAUUAUAAGCAAUACGAAUCAAUUCGUUUUUUCCUUGACUGUCAAUAAGUUCAUCUGUCAUAAGAAUGAUUAAAUUAUUUACUCAGAUCUAAUUGGUUAUAUAAAUCAUGCUUUUAUGUCAUGGAAUUACAACAUUCCUUUUAUAUUCUGUUAGUAUUUUAACAUUUGAUGUUACCAUUCACAAAUGUAUGUUCAUUUUACAUUAUGAUUAUCAAUAAACAAUUACUAGUAUGCAAAGCAUAAGAUAAUUUUGCUAGAUAAUAUUGUUAAAAAUGUGUAAUGUUGCUUCCCAACACGGUUAGCUCAAUCACUUGAAAGACCAUUUUAAGAUCAACUCUGUCGGGUGCCACAUCAGUGAUCUCAGAGCUUAGCGACGAAUGUGGCGACUUUAGUAACAAAAUAGAUAUUACUGGAAACUUCCAGAAUU